AUGUCCGUGAAAAACAUUGAUGAUAUGUUAGCAGCAACCACGGAGACCCUUCACCGUAAUCCAACAGCAGAAAGCAUACUUCUUCCCAUCCCUCGCGAUGUGUUCGAGAAGCUCUACUUGAACCCAAAGACUCCUGCAGCGGGAAAUCUACGCAAGACUUUCGGAAAUCCCACCCCUAUCUCACUAAUGGGAUUCUUACUAUCUGCAACCCCUCUGGGCUGUAUUGCGAUGGGCUGGAGAGGAUCAGGAGGGAAUGGCGGUGCAAUUUUACCCGUCUUUAUUUUCUUCGGCGGUCUGGUUCAAUUGCUUGGUGGAAUAGGCGAAUGGAUCCUUGGGAACACCUUCUCGUCUUCUAUCUUUUUCACAUAUGGCACAUUCUGGCUGGUAUAUGGCACAUCACUCAUGCCGUUUUUUGCGACUGGUCUCAAUUACUCCCCAACAGGAAACAUAUUGGAGGGCCAACACACACCGGAAUUCUACGCUACAACUGGCUUCUUUUACGUGAUUCUGGCUGUUCUGACAUUUGUUUAUUUCAUCUGCUCCAUCCGCACCAAUAUAUGUCUUUUCAUAGCUCUGUUCCUUCUCUCCAUUGCUGCUGCUUUGUUUUCGGGUGUCUAUUUUCAGCUUGCGCUUGGAAACGCCAUCCUUGCAUCCAAACUACAAACGGCCUCCGGUGCAUUUAUAUUCGCAUUAUGCUUCCCGAUUUGGUGGAUCUUCAUCGCCCAAAUAUUGGAGACAGUUGAUUUCCCAGUUUCGUUGCCCGUAGGCGACCUAAGCACUGUGGUAUUGGGGAAGCGCCAGAGAGAAAAGAAAAGACAAUCACAGGAAGUGUGA